CUCUCCGUCACUAAUAAGGCGCCAAAAUUAGCCCCAACUCUCAAAACCCUAAAUCCCCAAUUCCCAAUUCUCAUGCAAUUCGCUCUCUAUGCUUCCCCAAACUCCCACCACACUCUCCUCUCAUGGAAACUCCACCAACCCCAAUUCACACCCCCACUCCCCACAACGCUCCGCACCAAAGCCCCAACCUUUACCAACUCCCUAAGAACCUCAAUCGGGUACGACCCGGAAGAGGGCCUCGGAGCAGACCCGGGUCCGACUCCGCCGCCGGGUCGGCUCCCGGUGGUGGUCCGGAGGUCGGGUCGGGUUUCCAGGUACUUCUGGGAUGGGGAGUGCUUGCAGUUGGUUAGAGUUGAUGGCUAUACGGCGUCGUUUAAGGGUUUGGAUUUUGGUGAUGGGUUUAGGAAACUGUGUAGGGUUUGUGGCUGUGGUGUUAGGGAUUUCUUCAUCCCCAAGCAAGUUAGUGGGAGUUAUAUGAGCUAUGUGAAGUGGAAGUUCUUGCACCGGGUUUUCAGCUCUGCCUUGCAGGUUUUGGCUACUCAGGCAAUGUUUCGGGCCAUUGGGAUUGGAUACUCGCGAUCGCUACCAGCGGCAGCUGCUCUGAACUGGGUGUUGAAGGAUGGACUUGGAAGGCUGAGUAGGUGCAUUUAUACUGCUAGCUUAGCGUCUGCGUUUGACACCAAUUUGAAGAGAGUUAGAUUUUCGACCUCUGUUCUGUUCACAUUGAGCAUUGGAGUAGAGCUGUUGACACCAGCAUAUCCUCAGUAUUUUCUGCUUCUAGCCUCUUUGGCCAAUGUUGCGAAACAGAUAAGCUUGGCUUGCUAUAUAGCGACUAGUUCGGCUGUUCAUCGAAGCUUUGCAAUAGCAGAUAACCUUGGUGAACUUUCGGCAAAGGCACAGAUUCAAACAGUGUGCUUUGAUAACCUUGGCCUUUUGCUUGCUGCAUUGUUGAAUAUGUUGUUGAAGAACAACCAAAGAUUGCAGACAAUCUUGCCUUUUGUUGUAUACCCCAUUUUCUCUGCACUUGACCUUUGUGGAAUAUAUCAAGGGCUCAAACAUGUCCAUUUACAAACAUUAAGUAAGGAUAGACUUGAAAUUCUAUUAAAUACUUGGAUCAAGUUAGGUAAAGUUCUUUCACCUGCAGAAGUCAGUAAAGAAGAAGGAAUCGAUUUCCUGCGGAGCAAAGACAAGGGAUUAUGGCCCAUCAGAAUUGGGUACUUGGAUCCCAAGAAUCAGAUCCCCAAGUUGUCUAUGAUGGUGAUGAGAUCUACAAGUGAUGAUGAUUAUUACUUCAUAUCCAUGGAGACAUUUUAUACAAGAAAACAAAGAACUAAGCAACAUGGAAUUCUUCUCUGUCUGCGGGAAAGAGCCAUCACUGCUGAUAUUAUCAAGGGUCUGUUGCAGGCAUGCUAUAUCCGCAAAUUCCUACUUAUGGACAACAGUAAGUGGAUGAACAUGGUAGAUGCUAAAGAUGCAUUAGACUCGACUCUAUGUGAAUGGGCAAAAUUGAUCGAGGAAUGCAAACGACGUGCACAGGGCGAUAUGUGCUUGUUGAAUGAACAAAUGGUUGCCCAGGGCUGGGCUACUAAGAAUGUCUUAUUGAGUACACAAGAGCAGACUCGAUAUAGUUUUAUUGAUGACUGAUUUGUGGAUGUAUAUUAGUGAUUCUUGUUGUCCUUGUAACUUUGGAGGGAUCUCCUUGCCAUGGAGAAUUUUGGGAUCACAGAAAACUCAAUUGUAUCUGUUUAAUUGAUAGUAAUACAAUUUGCGGCUGAUCCACGGUUGCGUU